GACCACUCCCGAUCCCCUCUCCGCAUCUUCCGUAUCCGACCUCUCUCUCCAUCUCAGCCGUCCACCCGCUGCACCCCGCUCCCCUUUUUGAUUCCUCCCUCCCAUCGAUUAGUAAUUUAAUGUUAUAAUGUCCGCCCCCCCUGGCCGAGGCGUUGUUGUGUUGUUGAGUUCUAAGUUCUCCAAUCCCCCACGCCUCACCCUCUCUUCUAUUCCUCCCUCUCCCUCUCUUCGUCGCAUUAAUUGCCGGCAUUGCGAUCGCCGGCCGGCCGGCGGCUGCGAUGAUGAUGAGGAGAGUGGCGGCGUCGCUGGUGCCGCCGUGGCUGGAGCCCCUACUGACCACCCCUUUCUUCUCCGCCUGCCCGUCCCAUUCAGACGCCGCCCGCAGCGAAUGCAACAUGUACUGCCUCGACUGCUCCUCCUCCUCUGGCGCCGCCGCGGCCGCUUUCUGUUUCUACUGCCGCACCGACCGCCACUCCGGCCACCGGGUAAUCCAGAUAAGGCGAUCGUCGUACCACGACGUUGUGCGGGUGGCGGAGAUCCAAAAGGUUCUGGAUAUCACCGGGGUGCAGACGUACGUGAUCAACAGCGCGCGCGUGCUCUUCCUCAACGAGCGUCCCCAGCCGCGUGCCAGCGCCAAGGCCGCCGGCGCCUCCGCCCACACGUGCGAGAUCUGCGCCCGCUCCCUCCUCGACCCCUUCCGCUUCUGCUCCCUCGGCUGCAAGUUGGUGGGGAUAAAGAGGAAUGGGGGCGCGAGCUUCGUGCUGAAGGGCGGCGGGGAGAACGAUGAUGAGGAGGCGAGAGAGAGCGGGAGGGCGGCGGAGGAUACGAAGGGGUCACCUGACCGCGGAGAGGGACCGCGUGAGGUGGUGCGGCACGGCAUCGGACUCCCCGCGCCUUCUUCUUCUUCGUCGUCAUCGUCGUCGUCUUUCCCCAGCUCGAGAAGGCGAAAAGGAAUUCCCCACCGCGCCCCUUUUGGCUCCUGACAGCGAAAAAGGUCACAAGAUUUCUCCUCUCCCUCACCUUCUAUGCAGGGAAAAAACAAGUUAUAAGGUUGGUUGGUUACAUUUGAUUAACAACGUAAGUUGAGUUACAGAAUGGGAUGGAUGACUUGAUUCUAUAUUAUUCUUAUACUAUUCUCUCUUGUGGCUCUCUGAGAAGGAACUUUGUGAAUGAAUGAAGGAAUGAAUAAAGAGUGGAGGGCAUUGUGGGGACUGUAACUUGCGUGGUGUUGUGUCAAGCUGGAAUAAAUAUAGCUGGGCCCCAGAACCACCACAUGGAUGGUGAUUGGGUCGAGGGUGGGGCUCCUAAGUUCUCAUUUCAGCACACUAGCCCUUCGCCAACUUUAUUGGAUUGUUUGAUUGGGUUGGAGAAACCCACGCUUCUUUUGGGGCCCUCUCCCCAACAAUAAUUCCAUGCAGCAUCGCGUCGUCACCCAUUCCACUUUCCAUCCGACGUGGCAGGAGGGGAUUUGUUCAUUCGUAGCAGCGGAUGGGUGGCUCCGCGGGUGACGUCGUGCUGCUGCUUUGCGUUGUUCCUUUCCUCGAUUCCUCUUUCUAUGUUUUAUGAACUGGCUGGCUUGUGGAAGGUUGAUAUCCCUUUCAAGGACCACCGUGGGACCUUGAGAAAAAGAGGAGGAAAUGGGGAGGAUUAAUGGAAAGUGAGUGCUAAACAGAAUGGUGAUGGUAGCUUUUGGUCUUUCCCAUGGAGUAAUCUAGUUGAUAUUGCCUGUCCUGUUUUGUUUUUGGUACACGAUAUUGCCUGUCCUUGAAAUGCGCCUUUUUUGCUCUCUACGACAAGGUUACGGCCCUGUUAAGGCUGUUAGAUCUCCAUCAAUCGGAAUUAAGAUUCUUCUCCUGGAGAAUUUAUUAA